GGCAGGAGCCAGUGUUGUUUCCAUGGGGUGAAGAUGGCUCCCUUCCCCGACGAGGUGGAUGUUUUCACGGGCCCGCACUGGCGGAUGAAGCAGCUUGUGGGUCUUUAUUGCGAGAAGCUCUCGAAGACCAACUUCUCCAACAACAGCGACUUCCGCUCCUUCCUGCAGUCGCUGUGCGUCACCUUCCGGGAGUUCAAGAUGCACGAGCAGAUCGAGAAUGAGUGCAUCAUCGGCCUGCUGCAGCAGCGCAGCCACGCCGUCUACAACGUGCACUCCGACAACAAGCUCUCCGAGAUGCUGUCGCUCUUCGAGAAGGGACUGCGCAGCGUCAAGAAUGAGUGUGAGCAGCUGAACUACGCCCAGCAGCUGAAGGAGAGAUUGGAGGCGUUCACCCAGGACUUCCUGCCCCACAUGAAGGAGGAGGAGGAGGUGUUCCAGCCCAUGCUGAUGGAGUACUUCACGUAUGAGGAGCUGAAGGACAUUAAGAAGAAGGUGAUGGCGCAGCACAGCCGGCGCGGGGAUGGGCACGGGUACGGGUACGGGGACGGCCUGCUGAAGGGACUGGGCCUGUGGAGCCAGGCCGAGGGGCUGCAGAGGGUCUUCAAGUACUCCGUGCACGAGAAGGCGGACCACGAGUUUGAGAAGAGCCCCGCCCCCGCCUUUUCCCUCCUGCCCCCGGAGGUCCUGCUCAAGGUGUUCCGCUACCUGAGCCCCGAGGACCUGUGCCGCUGCAGCCAGGUGUGCGCGUCCUGGUCCGACCUGGCCAAGACCGGGUCGCUGUGGAAACACCUGUACCCUGUGCGCUGGGCCAGAGGUGACUACUACAGGGGGCCCCCGGAUGACCUGGACCAGGAGCCAGAUGACGAGUGGGUGAAGAGCCGGGAGGACGAAGGCAGGGCCUACCAGGAGUGGGACGAGGAUGCAGACAUCGACGAAUCCGAGGAGGCAUCGAAGGACUCUCCAGCGAUCAGCGCCGUUCAGAGGGAGAAGAGGCUGCUCUACGGAAUGAUUCAGAACCUCCUGCCCACAGUCGGCCCCUCCGUCAGAUCCAUCGUCCUGGCCUACAGCUCCGCUGUGUCCAGCAAAAUGGUGAGACAGAUACUCAGUCUCUGCCCUAACCUGACACACCUGGACCUCACCCAGACCGACGUCACCGACUCCGCCUUCGACAGUUGGGCAUCGCUGGGGGCGUGUCGGACUCUGGAGCACCUGGACCUAUCGGGAUGCGAGAAGAUCAGUGACCUCACCCUGAAGAGGCUGUCCCAGGGCCUGGGGGACUUGGUGGCCGCCAAGAGCCGGCCCGACCAGCGCACCAAGCUCCCCCGCGGCCCGGCCCCGCCCAUCGCCCCACGGUCACCGCGCUUUCGCCAGGCCCUGGUGUUCCGGAGGAGGCCCGGGGGCCGUGCUGGCGCCCCCUCCCGCGUGUGGGUGCUGGACCCCGCUGAGCUGGCCGACAUCGAGGACGCGGCAGAGUGGCGGCGCAGGGGCGGGGCCGUGGAGGGGCGGGGCUACCCGGAGACGGACGCACAGCCGCCGGCCCCGCCCGGAGGGACGUGUUGCUGCAGGAGGAGCAGGAGGCGUGGCCUCAGGACUAACGCCGCCUCCUACUGGCAGCAGCUGGCACCAGCAGGAGAGGCACGGUGCGGACAUUCUCCCUGCUGCGCGGGUGAGGCAGCCCCGAGGACAGUGGGGGUGCUUUGCGAGCCCCCUGUGAAGGGUGGUGCGGAAUUUCGGACUAAAGGCCCUGAGGAGAGGGAGGAGCGUUGGCCUGGAACAGGGGGCCAGAGGACUGAGCGGCAGGAGCCGCGCCGUGUACUGAGGCUCCUCAGCCUGUCAGGCUGCUAUCAGGUCACAGACCUGGGCCUCAGGGCUCUGGCACAGCGUGGGGGACUCCCUCAUCUGGAGCAUCUCAACCUCUCCGGCUGCCUCUUCAUCACGGAGGCGGGGCUACAGGACCUGGUGUCCGUCUGCCCUGCCCUCAACGAUGAACACUUCUACUACUGCGACAACAUCAACGGUCCCCACGCCGACACGGCCAGCGGCUGCCAGAACCUUCAGUGCGGCUUCCGGGCGUGCUGCCGCUCUGGGGAGUGAGCUAGCCAUGCCGCCCCCGCCGCCCCCCCCGCGUGCUCGGUGUAGCUCUGCCUCUUAAGGUUCUCCAUCCGCACUUUAAUUUAGGGCCGGCGUCCGCUGCCUGUCCCCCUCAACCCCACCCCCGUUUCCACACACGAAAAGGACUUCCGAAAUAUAAAACGAAGUCCCUAAAUCUUCACCGUUUCCAUCUGUAUUUCUGAGAAAUACUUGUUGAAAGAAAAAAAAAAAAGAAACUAUAAUGGAUGAAGCACAUGCCAAUGUUUUUGUUUUUGUUUUCAGAUUUGAAAAGGUAGAUGCUUUACACUUUUUUCCCCCCUUCACAGUAGUAACAUUUGCUUCUGAAAGUCAAAGCGCUGUUCUAAUCUGUAGAGGUUUUUAACCAUGUUGAACAGAAGGUGACAUGGAGUAGAUUAGUUUCUCAGCAAGUCCAUCACUGCUGCUCUUAGUCUUAGGCCACUAACAGUGAUCACCGCACUCAUAGUCUGACUGGUUGCUUGAUCUUCCCUUCAGUAUAGAUUCCAGCAGAAAUACAUUAUUCAUACUUGUGACAUAGUCCUCUGCAGGUUCAUGGGCAUAUUUCGUAUUUGCAUCUUUAAUCCAUGCUUUGCUUUAAUUUCUUAUGGCAAAAUGACCAUUUAUCUGUCAGCGAGAAACCUCCAGGAGAGAAAUGUAACACCUGCGUGAGGAGCUGGGUGAAU